UGCUUUGUCCCCUCCUUUCUUUAAAAGAAGAAAUUAGAAUGGCUGCUUUACUAAUCUUUGCUUGUCUUUUGCUCAUGCAUUUGGCAUGCAGCUGGCCUGUUGAUCCAACCAAAGGCUUUGUUGAACUCCCAUUGAACAAAUCUAACUUCCAUAAUGACAAGCCGUACGACUUACCUGUAAGCGACCGCUACAGCUUUGUAGAUGGAGUUCACAAGCUUUGGGUUUACUCCACAGACAAACCACUGUUCAAAAAUAGCGCCACCAAGCCUCGAUCGGAGAUUCGUAUAAGAGGCUAUGACUAUUCUUCUGGAGUCUGGCAAUUUGAAGGCUACGGCUACGUGCCCUGCGGAACCACUGGUGUUUGCAUCAUGCAAGUGUUUGGAGCAACUCCACCUCGAGCCACAACUUUAAUGCUAAGAGUCUAUAAUGGUUCACUCUAUUACUACAAGGCAGGUCCAGUUGUGUUGGAGAACAUCUACGACCGAUGGUUUCGGGUUAAUGUAAUCCAUUAUGUAAAUGCUUCGAAGUUACAGGUUUAUAUUGAUGGUGUUCUAAAGCUGGAACCUCCUGGCCAUGGAGGCACAAACCAUUAUUUUAAAUUUGGGGUUUAUGGAGAAAAUGAUUCUUCUUACUAUAUGGAAUCCCGUUGGAAGGGCAUCAAGGUUCUGACGAAAAUGUGAUUGACCCUAUUCUUACAUAUUAUAUCAUGAACUUUCUCAUAAAAAAAAUUGUGAGACAAAUGUCACAGCAUAUUGCUGAAAUAAUAAAUUGUAUAAUCUGUGUGAUGUCUAUACAUUUGUACUUUAGAUUCCAGAGAGUUCGCUGAAUAUGUGAAUAUACAGUACAA